GCUGGCAGGCGAAGCGGUGCAGCGCUCCCGUCGCUCGGCCGAUAGAAGCGCAUCUCCACAGCGGAUCUCCGCACAUCCCAGCGAAACCCACACUGAUCAUCCCUGUCCCAGAAAUUAAAAUCCCAAAAUGUCUGUGGGUAAUGACUUCGGGAACCCAUUAAGAAAAUUCAAACUGGUUUUUCUGGGCGAGCAAAGCGUUGGGAAGACGUCUCUCAUCACACGAUUCAUGUAUGACAGCUUCGACAACACGUAUCAGGCAACUAUUGGAAUUGACUUCCUGUCGAAAACCAUGUACCUCGAAGAUCGAACGGUGAGGUUGCAGCUGUGGGACACGGCGGGGCAGGAGCGCUUCCGGAGCCUCAUCCCCAGCUACAUCCGAGACUCCACUGUUGCGGUGGUGGUCUAUGACAUCACCAACGUCAACUCCUUCCAGCAGACCUCUAAGUGGAUCGACGAUGUCAGGACAGAACGAGGGAGCGACGUCAUCAUCAUGCUCGUUGGCAAUAAGACGGACCUGGCAGAUAAGAGGCAAAUCACGAUCGAGGAGGGCGAGCAACGGGCCAAAGAGCUUAACGUGAUGUUCAUCGAGACGAGCGCCAAGACCGGCUACAACGUGAAGCAGCUGUUUCGACGUGUGGCAGCCGCCCUGCCCGGGAUGGAGAGCAUGCAGGACACCAGCAAAGAAGGCAUGAUUGACAUCAAGCUGGACAAACCACAAGAGGCACCAACCAGCGAAAGCGGCUGUUCCUGUUAAUACACGGCACCGGAUUGGAUGGCUUCAUUUACACCACAUGCUUGUUGUGUUGCUUCCUAUUGGUUAGCUUCCAGUUGAGUUUUCAGAUCGGUUAUUUAGCCUUUUACAUGAUUGGUUGGAACUAGAGUUGCAUCAGUCCUCAGUUGUAUAAUAUUGUACUUUAUUAACAAAAUUGCCAAAAACAUAAAAAUUGUGAAAGAAGAUAAAAUUACAAAAAGAACAGAAGACAAAUUCCAAACCUACCAUUUUUUUUUGUUUGUUUUUGAAAAACUAGAGUAGUUGUUUUUUUUUUGUUUUGUUUUGUAUUUUUGUAUAUAAGGAAAACACUAAAAAUAAUA